AUGCAGAUGCACCUGCUCAGGGUGGUGGGCUGGAGCUCAGCAGCCGUGCUGGGAGUGCUGGGGGUGGCCGUCUUCCUCCUGGUCCUGACCCUGGUGAAGGACGCUGCCCUUCCUACGAGGAACAAAUACGGUCUGGUGUUUGAUGCUGGCUCCAUGCACACGGCUCUCUACAUCUACCGGUGGCCCACAGACAAGGAGAACAGCACUGGCAUCGUCUCCCAGGUGGAGGCCUGCACUGUAUCUGGACCUGGCAUCUCCAGCUACGCAGACAAUGCCACUGGGGCUGGAGCCAGCCUGAAGCCCUGCCUGGACAAGGCCAUGACGAUCAUCCCGGCAGAGCAGCAGCGGGAGACCCCCACCUACCUGGGGGCCACAGCGGGCAUGCGGCUGCUGAGGGAGCAGAACAGCACCAAGGCCGAGCAGGUCUUCGCUGAGGUUGCCAAGGCCAUUGGUGAGUACCCUGUGGACUUCUGCGCAGCUCGGAUCCUCACGGGGAACGAGGAGGGGUCCUUUGGCUGUAUCACCGUCAACUACCUGCUGGAGAUGCUCGUCAAGUGCUCCUUCACAGGCAAGUGGAUCCACCCGCCAGCAGAGGAUGUGGUCGGAGCUCUGGACCUCGGCGGGGCUUCAACCCAGAUCGCAUUCCUUCCUGGGACCACCAUAGAUGACAGCAGCACGAGAGUCGUCCUCAGGCUGUACGGGACCAACUACUCCAUUUAUACCCAUAGCUACCUCUGCUACAGGCAAAAUCAAGCCCUGAAGAUGCUGAUGGCAUCCUUACACCGGGGCAGCCCGUCUCCCCAGCAGAUAUCACACCCCUGCUACCCCAAGGGAUACCAGGAGAACAUCACCACGGCAGACCUCUACAACAGUCCCUGUGUCCGUGCACCAAGCACACCCAGCCCUGCACAGGUCCUCACGGUGAUGGGGACAGGGGACCCAGCAGCAUGCACCACUGCCAUCCAGAAACUCUUCAACUUCAGCUGUGGGGCCAACAGGACGUGCGGGUUCAAUGGGGUUUAUCAGCCGCCUGUGCGGGGACAGUUCUUCGCCUUUUCGGGGCUUUAUCACAACUUUCACUUUCUGAACCUGACUGGAGGGCAGUCUCUGACCUCGGUCAAUGCCACCAUUGGGCAGUUCUGCACCAGCAGCUGGGAGAAGGUGCAGAAGGAGUUCCCCACCGUGGGCAGGACCCACCUCCGUGAUGCCUGCGCAGCCAGUUUCUACACCCUCGCCCUUCUCCUGCAAGGCUACAAAUUCAACCACAUGACAUGGCUUAACAUCCACUUUGUCCCGCAGGUCGCUAAUGUAGACAUGGGCUGGACUCUGGGCUACAUGCUCAAUCUCACCAACAUAAUUCCCUCAGAGACUCCCCAGAGAGUCAUAGGGCUCCAGAGAAGCAACUGGAUAGCAACCACAGUUUUACUGGCUGUCAUUCUCAUCCUCAUCUUCUGCCUGCUCACAGUCAUAUGCUGCCAGAAAAAUUCCUCCAGUUAUGAGAGUCUCUAG